AUGGCUGACAAGCAAAAAAGCGAGUAUUGGAUGGAGAGCCAGGGGGAGCGCAAGCGCUUGGCUAGUAACCAUUUCAUAGCUAAAGAUGCUAUGGGUGGUAAGCUCGUUCGCGCACCCGUCGAUUUCUCUCAACCGGUUAAGGUUCUUGAUAGCGGUACUGCGGAUGGAACAUGGCUCCUCGACUUAGCAUUCUCUCUCCCUUCCCUACCUGCCGGCGCGCAUGAGUUCGUCGGCACAGACCUCAACCCCGCCCCCUUUCCUCCUUCUCCUCCCCCAAAUGUGUCAUUUACGGUCCAAGACAUAAAAAAACCUUGGCCUGAAUCCCAAUAUGGCCAAUUCUCUCUCGUUCACCAACGUCUAACCCUACUCGGUGCCGGGCCUGCUCCCGCCCCUUCUAUCUCCCACCUAUACUCCCUUCUCAAACCCGGCGGCUGGAUCCAGCUCUGCGAGGCGACUAUGGUCUUCCCGCCCGAGAUAGUGAGCGAUGAGCGCACGCCUGCGUACAGCGACCUGCUCCGACUGAUGAAGAGUGUUGCGAAGCACGUAGGCGCCGCGUGGGAGAUUGGGGGAACUCUAAAGGGCUUAUUAGAGGGCGUGGGAUGCACGGAUAUCAGCGAGGAGGAAGUAGUGCUGAAGAUGGGCCGGACAAAUAAGGAUGACAGCUUAUGCGAAGACGGUGUCCGGAGCUGCGGAAUUGCAGUUGAGGGAUUGUCAAAAUUUGCGAAGACUUUCCCGCCAGAGAAGCAGCCCUUUUCAGUUGAGAGGUAUGACACCCUAAGGGCGGACUUAGAGAAGGAACUUAGUGAGAAGGGGGCCGUCUUUCCACUCAAAGUUGUCUGGGGGCGGAAGCCGGAGUAG